AUGCCCUGCUUCAAGGGUCUCGCCGUGAGUAUACACACUCCGGAUGGCCCGAUUUCCGAAUACUCGAUCCAACGUCAAUCUCGAGCUUCUCGCAUAGCUUGCUACAUUCCGGUACCCCCUCCAAAGCUACCUGACUCCGGAUCGGGCCGACCAGAACAGUCGACUUUCGCCAUCUCCAUCACACUCCUGAACCCCGGUCAAGAUGUCCCUUAUUCUGCUCCAAAACCGACAUCCGACAACCCCGCACCCAGGCCUAAAGUUGUUGGAGGACUUCCCGGCCCGACCGAAGAGCGGGGGCAAUACUCUAGUAUGGUGAUUCCCUACAAGCCGUUAACCAAUUCGCCAAACGAGACGGUCGCUGCAUACAUCUACUUCGACGGCCGACAGAAGGAGGAGGUGGCUACGCUCCUGCGGAGAGGCGAGGAGACUUGGGUCAACUCUCGAUGGGUUAGUGUCCCGGAAUCCGAGGGCGGCGGUCUGGCCGAACGGGAGUUCCUGUUCCGUGAGGUCGGACUGGAGAGAUGGUUGAAUGGUCUAGACCUGGAAGGCAAAGAUGCGGCGGCCAAGAUUGAGCGACGACGACAGAAGAUGGAAAAGCGUCGCCUGAAACGUGAAGAAAGCGGCGGUAUGGACACGGAUGCAAAGUCACGGAAGGAGAGAGACAUAAUGCGCUACGGAGAUAAUUCGAAAUCCCCCCUGGAAGAUGUCUCUGAUGACGAUAUGUCAUUCUCUGAUUCCGAUGAUGAUCCGAUCCCUGAGUCUGCAGGGCAGAUCAAGGUGGCACUGUUUCGUGUUCUGGCUUCUGGUCAGGUCAAACGGGGAGAGUACUCGCCUCAAUUCGAUGCGCACGAUGACGACGAUGAUGUCUCAGGCGGCAAUGACAACAAUAACUGCGCAUCGGACGCCAACGUUGACCACACCACGAGCUUUGCGAAGCCGAAAACACUCGACCCCAAGACAAUCAGUACGCAAACUGUGACGAGCAUUGAUGCAUCUGAUAAACCCUACGCUACCUUCACGUUCAUGUACCGCGGAGAGCGGCAACUUCAGAAGAUGGGGAUCCUCAAGGAUGCCAAGGCGCAGGAAACUCCUGGGUCUGUAAAGCGUCGGUCGAUACAACCAGAUUUUUCCAAUCUUGGCCCGCUCAAGCCUGGCGGCACCGUUGGCUUCCUGAAAUUCCGAGAGAGCACAGAAAACCAUAAGAGAGGAAAGAAGGGUAGCAAGACUGUUGGCGAUGAUGACAUGGAUAGUGAUGACGAUGACGAGAAUUCCAUCCUCGGUAAAGCAGACGCCGAAGAGGGCAAGGACGAUGAUGUCCAUCUGUCUCCGGAAGAUCUCAGGCAGCAGGGCGAGUUGGCGGAGAGCAUUCGUAAAAUUAAGCUCAAACGGCAGCACUCGUCGGCGUCGCUUGCCACUAAUACUCCUCCGACGGACACUGGAAGUCCUCGAGCGCCCGGAGAAUCAGCCCCGUCUUCUAAUCUUUCCACAACACCUCCCAUUGUACCGCCGUCAACUGCCGCUGCUGAAACUCCCAAGCCAGCGGCUAACGCGGUUGAUGGUCAAUUCAUCGGCAGCCCUCUAAAGAAACAGCGAGCUAGCGUAUCACAAGCGGAUGAAGAUGUGAUGCGUCGACGAAUGGAGUCAGGUUUGUCGCACGAGAUCAGUAACGAUAACCCUCCAAACCCCACUGGAACUACAGCGGCUAGUACGGGUGUAAACCAUCCACCGCAUGAUUCCAUGGCUACUGAGGAAGAAGAGCUAUAA